AUGACCACCACCGACACACGCGACGUCGCCAAGACCGUGGAGCAGGUCAAGCGCUGCGCGGACGCGGGCGCUGACAUCGUGCGCAUUACGGUGCAGGGGCGCCGCGAGGCGGAGGCGUGCAUGAAGAUUCGCGAGCAGCUGUUCAAGGACGGCUACGACACCCCCCUGGUGGCCGACAUCCACUUCCAGCCCGCGGUGGCCAUGAUGGUGGCGGAGGCCUUUGAAAAGGUAAAGCAGCUGUGGCGAGGCGCGCACGGCAAAGCGAGGGGGUCUAAGACGGGGGCGAGUGCGCAAAAGAAGGUUCAGAAGGCAUCGAAAUGCGCGGCGGAGAUGAACGGGACUAGAGUUUAG